AUGAGCGGGGCUGGUCGCAAGCAUCGUGCGAAGCACCUCACCCAGCAGUACCUCGACGCAUCUGGGUGGGUAGGUCCCAAAGAGGGCGAGAGGUUGGCGAUCUGCAUGGAAUCGCCGCACGGGCAGCACGUCCGCGUCCUUCUCCUCGUGCACCCGAACAGCGCACCCGCAAGCUCAUCUACCGAGGCCCCUGCUCCGGACGGCAGCAGCUCGAGUGACGCUCCGCAUGGCGCGAAGGAGUCGGAGGCGGGUGUAUCCGCGUCUCCACCAUCCGCGGCGCCUCUCUUGGAGGUGGAGCAAGUCGUGCAUCUGCCCAGGAAGUUUCACAAGGUCAUCUGGCUCAGCAUUAAGGACGUGGUAGUGAUCGCAGACGGCACUGUUAGCUUUAAACCGUCUCCUGAGCAAGUGGAGAGCUUCCUCAAGGAUCCAAGGAACAAGGGGUGGCGCGAGCGCGUGGCGACGGCGCAGCACCGCGCUGAGGACCAGCGCGCUGCCCUGCAGCGCAUGCCGCAUUAUGCCGCCACGGCGCAGACGACGACAUCGGUUCUUACCGGCCCUCAGGUCCGUUCAGGCGUGCGCGCGACGGCCAACGGCACGUCGGAGCAGGACAGCGAGGGAAGCGAGGGCGAGGCAGAUGAUAUGCGCAAUCCGAACUGGCGCAACAUCAAGCACCAGCAGCACUUCUUCUACGGCCUCGGCGACGACAGUGACGAAAUUGAAGAGGAGGAGGAUGCAUAA